AUGAUGAUAAUUUUACACGAUGAAACUUACUAUAAAAGUAGAAAACCACAACCGGAUUUAGGCCGGAUUGGAAAUUUAUUGCGAUUCAUUUGGAAUGCUGAGAAAAAGACAGUUUUCGACAGAACUGCAAAAGAAUGGGGAAUCGAUUACAAACCAAACAUUCCAUUACCUCUUACUUCGCCGAUCAUUUGGAUAAGCGAAAAAAACAAAAAUGCUCGAUCUAGACGAUAUGCUGAAGCUUUAACAGACUUUUUAAAAGAUUACAAAAUGAAUACCUCCCAACAAGAAUUAAAAUGCAAUAAGGGUCAAUUGAGAGUAGAUAAUAAAUUAAAGCCUUGUUUUUUCAAUAUAAAGAGUUUGGGUACUUGCGGUAAACCUCCUUACGGAUAUACUACACCGAUUCAACCUUGUGUUCUAAUUAAAUUCAAUAAAAGACUUGAUUGGAUUCCACGUUAUUAUAAUCAGUCUUCUGUGUUACCACAUACUAUGCCAAAUUUGUUGAAGAAUAUCAUUAAGAAAUCGAAACAAGUCUACAUUUGGUUAUCUUGCAAUGGAUUAGACAAUAUAGACAAGGAGCAUAUAGGAAAGAUUGAAUAUAUUCCUAAUCCUGGCUUUCCCAUUGAAUAUUUUCCAUUUAAGGGACAAAAAGAUUACGUAUCUCCCAUAGUUGCUCUACAAUUUCCAAAUCUGACACCAAAUAGAUUGUUGACAGUUCAAUGUGUCGUGUGGACUUCUAAUCUAGUGCAAUCCUCUAACUACUAUUUGGAUUUUCAAAUAAUCAUUGGUAAGACAUUAUAUUUAGAAAAUCUAUAA